AUGGGUAUGGCCAUUAAUAAUUUACCAGAGAUCCGCGAAGAAUGCGAGGUCUUUCACCUGUCAGACAAACAAAUUAGGGAGAUAAUGAGCAGACUACACAAUGAUUUGCUUAAGGGGCUUGGUAAAGACACUCAUGCCAAUGCAAUUGUAAAGUGUUGGAUAACAUACAUACAGGAUUUACCGAAUGGCAAAGAGCGAGGUAAAUUUUUGGCGUUGGAUUUAGGAGGAACUAACUUUAGAGUUUUAAUCAUAAACCUCGGCGAGAAUCAUUUCGACAUGCAGUCGAAAAUUUAUGCCAUCCCAAAUCAUAUCAUGACCGGCACAGGCGUCGCCCUGUUUGACCAUAUAGCCGAAUGUUUAGCAAAUUUCAUGAAGGAGCACAAUGUAUAUGAAGAGCGUUUGGCACUUGGGUUCACAUUCAGUUUCCCACUAAAACAGCUUGGACUCACGAAGGGUAUUCUCCAACGUUGGACCAAAGGCUUCUCUUGCAGUGGUGUGGUUGGGGAGGAUGUAGUGCAAGGACUCAAAGAUGCUAUAGCAAGACGAGGGGACGUACAGAUUGAUAUAUGCGCUAUACUCAAUGACACUACGGGCACGUUGAUGUCUUGUGCGUGGAAAAAUCACAACUGCAAAAUAGGACUCAUUGUUGGAACCGGAAGUAACGCUUGCUACGUAGAAAAGACUGAGAAUUGUGAGUUGUUUGAUGGCGAGCCUGGCAAGCCUGAUUUACUCAUCAACACGGAGUGGGGUGCAUUCGGAGACGAUGGCACUCUGGACUUUGUACGCACUGAGUUCGACCGUGAAGUUGAUACCAACUCUAUCAAUCCGGGUAAACAAAUACAGGAAAAGAUGAUAUCAGGCAUGUAUAUGGGUGAACUGGUGCGCCUCGCGCUAGUUAAGUUCACACGAAUGGGCCUGUUAUUUGGUGGUCACGGCUCGGACUUGUUGUUCGAGAGAGGCAGCUUCUACACUAAAUACGUCUCCGAAAUCGAGUCGGACAAAUUAGGGGACUAUAGCAGCUGCAUGGAUGUGCUUGAGGAACUUGGUCUGUCGCACGCGACGGAGGCGGACAUGGCGGCGGUGCGGCACGUGUGCGAGUGCGUGUCGCGGCGCGCGGCGCACCUCGUGUCGGCCGGCAUCGCGACGCUUCUCAACAAGAUGGGCGAACCGCGCGUCACUGUCGGCAUCGACGGCUCCGUUUACCGUUUCCAUCCGCACUUCCACGCGCUCAUGUGCGAAAAGAUCGCGCAGCUCGUGAAACCCGGCAUACAGUUCGACUUGAUGCUUUCGGAAGACGGUAGUGGUCGUGGUGCGGCGCUAGUAGCCGCCGUCGCUUGUCGCCAGAGUCAUAACGUCGCGUAA